UAAUUGUAAUUUAAAAAAAAGAGAUAAACAUAACCUCGUUUUAAUUCAUAGUAAUAGAAAAUUAUCGUAAAAUAUGAGCUUGACGAGUAGGAAUCGUCUUAGUAUUCUAGAUAAACCUUUGAGCAGAGGCAAAGGCGAAGUUUCUUUGAGUUGCUUUGCUCUGUUGUUCUCAGAAGUGGUGCAAUAUUGCCAGAACAAGUCCCAAACUGUCCCAGAAUUGCAGAACAGACUGCACGAAUUAGGCCGAAAGGUAGGCAUUAAACUCAUUGAUCUCUACUUCGUACGUGAAAAGAAUGGAAAAAGAGAGAUCAAAUUACUCAACAUAUUGCUUUUUGUUAAGUCUACCCUAUGGAAGGCAUUGUUCGGUAGAGAAGCAGAUAAGUUGGAACAUUCCAAUGACGACGAAAAUACAUAUUAUUUAAUGGAGAAGGAUCCUCUUGUGAAUCGAUUUAUCUCUGUACCUCGUGAUAAAAGUAGUCUUAAUUGUGCUGUUUUUAUAGCUGGAAUAGUUGAAGCCGUUCUAACAGGCACUGGAUUUACUGCAAAAGUAACUGCUCAUUGGCAUAAAGGUACUACGUAUAUGGUAAAAUUUGAUGAAGCUGUUGUGGCAAGAGACAAACAGUUGGAGGAAAGAUAGGUGGAUGUAAAAUAUUUAGAAAAUAUAAUUAUUUUAUGUUAUGUGAUAAUGUUACUUUUUUUAUUAUACAUUAUAAAUUAA